AAGUACAAUACGCAUCUUUAUAUUUAUUUAACCACACCCUUUGAGCCAUGACGCCAACCAAUAAUAUUCUUUCUCUUCGGUGUAAACGGAAGCGACUUGUGACCAAGAACAAUUUCCACGUUAGCGUUUUUAUUUAGACGUUUAUUAACCCCCUGGAACUCAGCAUAUGACUAAUGUAACUGCACAGCAUCACAUACUUACCCCAGGUAGUGUUUAAUUCUCUUUCGACUUGGUUGAUAGAUGUUAUUUAAGUAAAGCUAGCUAGUAGCUGCUAACAAUGGCUAACUGUAUGGUUUUUCACACUCAAAUGGCCUCCAUCAUGGAGGUGCUAGCGAAUUCAGCCGUUGCAGAGAUUUGUAAACUCGUAGAUGACGACUAUGCAGUGUUUCGUUUGGAAAUAACUCAAAGCCAGAAAGAAAACAGGGCAUUGCGGAGGAAACUACAGCUAGUGGAACUGAAAGUGGCACGGGAGCGCGCAGAGAGGACAAUGCGAGAGCGCGUCCUCGCCAGUCGUCCCAGUAGUGUCAAGAUCGUCGACCGAUACAGAGGAACCGCAAGAGGUGAAGGACAUCUCACUGAAGGCCACAGGAGCUUUGUGAAGCCAGCGGAACACAACGCUUGGAGAGAUGACCAACCCAUAGCUAUAGAUGAGGGGAGUGGAACCUCAACCCAGCAUGUUAUCGUGAUAGAGUCAGCAGAUGCAGAGGCUCCAGGUCCUGGGGUCAAGCAUGAAAGGACAGAAGGAGAGGAGGAACCACGGCACAGUAGCGACAUCCAGACUGAAGCAACGGCUGGAGUGGCGCCCCCUGUAGCCAAGGAGGACAUCGCAACUGCCGCCACGCCCCAGGCCAAGACUCAAUGCAGCAUCACGGAGGAGGAGGAGGGUCCAGAGGUGCUGCUGGUGAAGGAGGAGGGGUAUGAGGAGGGUCUGGGGAAUCCUGAGGGGACCAUGGUCAUGGAGGACAACCAGACUACACCUCCUCCUGAACCCACAGAGGAACCAGCAGAGCAGCACAGGACCACACACAGUCUCACUGAGUCAGUAGACAUGGAGGAUGGGAAGCCUGAUCUGCUGAUAGUCAAAGAGGAGAUGAUAGAGGAUGAACCAGAGAGCAUUGACCUGCUGAGUGGACUAAAGAUGGGGGAGCAAGGUGGUUGGUUGGAGGCUAACAGAGGAGACUGGGUGAACAUCUUGGAUUCCCAGACCCAGACCGGGGCAGCCAAGGGCCUAAGGGACAACAUCACUGAGCAGGCCAGGACCAGAGGUGACAUAGUGGAGUCUGCAGUCCAUGAAGACCUGCUGAUAUCCGGUGUUGCUAGAGGGAGAGACUGGACCUCUGAAUCGGCUGGUCACAAACCCUGGCCCCGGAUCAGAACCCUGGAUCAGGAGCCGUCGCUCUUCCUUACCGAGUCAGAACCAGGACCCAACCACGAGGGACAGAGACUCCACCACCACACAGAACACAACCAGUGGACAGGUGGACUGAACAACCUCAGUCCUGGUGGUCAUCAGAGAGACAGAGGCUCCAGUCAGGGAUCCAGUCUGCAGCCCAGACCCUUCUCUUCACAGUCUCAGUGCAGGGAUGAAGCAGGGCCUGGGGCUGAUAGAGAUAGACCCUCCUGUUCCUAUGAUACAAACACCACAGUAUCCAUGAUGAACAGAGCAGGUCACCCUGGGCUUCAGCCUUCACAGAGAGUGGUGGGAGACUCCCCUGGUGGGAGUCUAACAGGAAGUCUGUCUUCUCCUUCAGGGUCUCGUCUAAUGCCUGGUGAUUGGGUUCAUAGACAGCCUGGGCCUGGGUCUAGCCUUCCUCAGUUACCUCAUGGUUACCCCACGAAUACAGACCGGGUCAGGAUUGGCGUUCACCACGAGAGUUACCUAGCCUAUAACACAGCACACAAUCCCAACAACACCCAAACAAUGGCUAGAGGUCAAGGAGGGAGCUCAAAGACUAACCACCUGAGGGUGGUGGCUCCUGCUUCUACCUCCUCUGGUGUCAUUGAGUCACAACGUGGGAGGCCGAGCAUUAGGUCGGACGCCGACAAGCCGUACGCCUGCCCCACGUGUGGAAAGCGCUUUGCUGAGGCAAACUAUGUGAAGAGGCACCAGACAGUUCACACCAAUGAAAGGCCCUUCAAGUGCAAACUAUGUUACAAGAGCUUCUCCUUCCUGACUAACCUGAUCAGACAUAGGAGUGUCCACAAAGGGGAGAAAUCGUAGGAGUGUGGCUUGAGAUGUACACAGGAUAUCUGGGAACUAUUCUUUAGCUGACAUACUGAAUUAUAAUUAUCAUGUGAAGUGUCUCAGUUGAUCAUCUGAGUAUGCUCACCAUCUCUGAUGAUACAGACUUGUUGUUUGGUGUGCAGGCAUAGCCAAAACAUAGUCAUUUUAUUGAAGUGUAACUAUAUCUCCCCUCUGAAUUUGGUUUUGUCUAUAUUCUAUACCCUCUUUUUAAUAAUAUAUUUAUAACACCCCCUAAUGUUAUUGGGCAUAAUCAGGUGGUACCUGUUCCUUUAUGUACUGAAACAAUGUGAUCAAAUCUGUUAAUACAUUUUGAACCAUGUUGUCCUUUUGAUACACUACAUGACCAAAACUAUGUGGACACCUGCUCGUCCCUCAUCUCAUUCCAAAAUCAUGGGCAUUAAUAUGGAGUUGAUACCCCCUUUGCUGCUAUAACAGCCUCCACUCUUCUGGGAAGGCUUUCCACUAGAUGUUGGAACAUUGCUGUAGGGUCUUGCUUCCAUUCAGCCACAAGAGCAUUUGUGAGGUCGAGCACUGAUGUUGGGCGAUUAGGGCUGACUCGCAGUCGGCGUUCCAAUUCAUCCCAAAGGUGUUUGAUAUGGUUGAGGUCAGGGCUCUAUGCAGGUCAGUCAAGUUCUUCGACAAACCAUUUCUGUGUGGACCUCGCUUUGUCCACGGGGGCAUUGUCAUGCUGAAACAGGAAAGGGCCUUCCAGAGGCAGUUUGGAACUCGGUAGUGAGUGUUGCAACUGAGAACAGGCGAUUUUUACGCGCUUCGGCACUCAGCGGUCCCGUUCUGUGAGCUUGUGUGGCCUACUACUUCACGGCUGAGUCGUUGUUGCUCCUAGACGUCUCCACUUCACACUUAGAGUUGACCGGUGCAACUUUAGCAGGGCAGAUAUUUGUUGAACUGACUUGUUGGAAAGGUGGCAUCCUAUGACGGUGCCUCGUUGAAAGUCACUGAGCUCUUCAGUAAUGCCAUUCUACUGCCAAUGUUUGUCUACGGAGAUCGCAUGGCUGUGUGCUCGAUUUUAUACACCUGUCAGCAACGGGUGUGGCUGAAAUAGACGAUAAUUUGAAGGAGUGUCCAUACACCUUUGUAUAUAUAUAUAUAUAUAUAUAUAUAGUGUAUGUUGACUUUUUACUUACUUGGUUGUUAUAUAGUAUUAUAAACUGGGUGGUUCGAGCCCUGAAUGCUGAUUAGCUGACAGUCGUGGUAUAUCAGACCAUAUACCACGGUUAUGUCAAAACAUUUAUUUUUACUGCUCUAAUUAUGUUGGUAACCAGUUUAUAAUAGCAAUAAAACACCUUGGAGGAUUGUGGUAUAUGGCCAAUAUACCACGGCACUCCACAUUGUGUCGUGCUUAAGAACAGCCCUUACAUUGCAUUAGUAACCAAGUGGGGAUUUACCACAUACGACUGGAAAAAAUCAAUUUGAGCUGGUAAUUACUAGUCUAUCAUCAUGAGAUCCCACUUCUUCCACAUGCUGACCUCUGACAUCACCUACUAGGGAAAUUACCUCGAUAAUAGCAUUCUGGGCUGGUAAAUGCAACAGCAAAACAUUAUUUAUAAAAGCAAUCUAUUAAUAUGGGUUUUCAACACAAAAUUUUGUUUACAAGCAUGAUAGAUGUACUUUAUAGUUUACGCAGCUUGUUGGCCAUUAGCCAAUCUGCGUUUCUCAACGAGUACAAAGCACGUGAACGCAUCCAACUGGUAUUUAUGACUUCACAACUGGUAAAUUCCCACCUCCCACUUAGUUAUGAAUGCAGAAUUGGUCGUGGUAUAUUGACCAUAUACCACACCCUUCGGGCAUUAUUGCUUAAUUAAAAUUGGCCUUAGUUUCCUUGGCUUCCUUUGAUCUAAGCCAAGCGUCUCAGCAAUUAUUUUAGGUAAUUUACUGUAAUUUUUCCACCACUGGAAAUGACCACCAGUACAGAGUAGGGUCUUUAGAAUCUACAAUGAGUGUACAAAACAUUAAGAACACCUUCCUAAUGUUGAGUUGCACCCUCCCCCUUUUGCCUUCAGAACAGUCUCAAUGGAAUCUACAAGGUGUCAAAAGUGUUCCACAGGGAUGCUGGCCUUUGUUGACUCCAAUGCUUCUAACAGUUGUGUUAAGUUGGCUGAAUGUCCUUUGGGUGGUGCGCUAUUCUUGAUAUACAUGGGAAACUGGCACCUACUACCAUACCCAGUUCAAAGGGACUUAAAUAUUUUGUCUUGCCCAUUCACCCUCUGAAUGGCACACAUACACAAUCAAUGUCUAAAUUUUCUCAAAGCUUAAAAAUAUAUAUUUUUACCUGUCUCCUCCCCUUCAUUCAUCUACACUGAUUGAAGUGGAUUUAAGAAGUGACAUGAGCAAGGGAUCAUAGCUUUCACCUGGAUUCACCUGGUCAUUCUAUGUCAUAUACACUCAGUCAUGUCAUGUACACUCAGUGUAUAUAUGGUGCUAUUUAAUGGAGGUCUCUGGUCUAAAUACUCAACACUUUCGACUCCAGCCACUCCAUAGCCCCCAAUGCAAUACACUGUAUAAUAUACAAUAUAAAUUACAUAUUGGCUUAUAGAGAAAAAAGGAUUAUAUGUGCCAAUGUAAAAGUGGCGUUGGGCAUACUAAUGUAAUUUAUAGGCCUACAGUGUAUUGCAUUGGGAGCUAUGGAGUGGGUGGAGUAGAAAGUGUUUAGUAUUUAGACUAGAGUCCCCCAUUAAAUAACACAGUGUAUAUAUUCUACAGACCCUACUGAGUAAUCCCAACCCUCUUUUACAUCGACACCUCGAAUAGUUCUCUCUAUAAGCCAAUAUGUAUUUUACAAUAUACAAUGUAUUGUAUCGGAGGCAUUUAUUUGACCUUGGAACGUAUUUUGAAACCCACAUUUAAUGCAAAUGUCACUUAAAUAUGAAAAAAUAUGAAUCAUUAAUGUUUAGACAGUCAUGUUUCAUAUAUCAUGAAUAAAUAAAGGGUAAUUACACUUCUA